AGUAGCAGUGGGAAUCAGGUAACAAAUACUAUUGAAUAAUGUUUCUUCAUACAUAAUAAGUCCAAUCCAACAGGAUGUGUGUGUAGAACUACACAUGCUGCUUUGCAACCAAGAGCACGCUUUUCUAAGUGUACCGGUGCUUUUGCAAGUGAUGAAAUUUACUUUUAAAUCUCAAGAGAAAUUCCAAAAUCCGGUUUGACAUCCUACUUAGAAAAAAUAUGUUGGUUCUACACAUUGGAUUACUUCUAUUAGGAUUGGCGAGUGCGGAAGAAUGGAUAGUAUCAUUGGAUUCAGAGCCUUUAGAAAUUCAUAUAGGUCAAGUUAUUCCAGUUGCAUUUAACAUAACUCUUCCAAAUGACGCUGAAACUUCGAAAAUGGAAUUUAAAGUAGUCAACUCAGACAAAAACAUUAUAAACGUUACUGAACCUUCAUUAAAAUUUAUUUCUCAUGGAGGCACAUGGUCUAGUAAUUUGAACAUUACGGGAAUAUUUCUCGGCAAAGCAGAUAUUUCACUUGAACUUGAUUAUGAUGGUGAAACAUUCUUAUCGAAAGAAUUAAGAAUUACUGUAAUACGUCCAGAACGAAUUGUUGAUAAACUAUUUACGAUAAGUAUUGCAGCGCUUGUCUUCAUUCUUUAUAUUAAUUUCGGCUGUGCUAUGGACUGGAGUGUAUGUCGAAAAAUUGCCAAGAAACCUGUAGGACCAUUAAUUGGAUCCUUUUGUCAAUUCAUUAUUAUGCCAUUGUUAGCAUUUGGUAUCGGACAAGCUCUAUUUCCUGACAAACCGGAAAUGCAAAUAGGUAUAUUUUUCACUGGAAUUAGUCCCAGUGGUGGAGCAUCCAAUAUAUGGACUGUACUCUUAGGAGGUAAUCUUCCCCUUUCCAUCGGUAUGACGACUAUAUCCACUUUAGGAGCUUUCGGAACUAUCCCUUUCUGGAUCUUUACUUUAGGAAAAUAUAUUUUUGAUAAAGGCAAUCUUAAAAUACCUUAUACAAAUAUAGCUAUUCUAGCAUUCAGCUUGAUAGUUCCAUUAAGUAUUGGUUAUCUCAUUCAAAAGAAAGUUCCAAAACUUAGUCAAUUAUUAACUCGAAUAAUGAAGCCAUUCUCUAUUAUUUUAAUACUUUUUAUUGCCAUUUUUGCUAUUGUUACUAAUUUGUAUCUGUUUAAAUUAUUCUCCUGGCAGAUUAUUAUAGCAGGAAUGGCUUUACCAUGGAUUGGCUUUUUGUGCGGUUUAGUAAUUACCACGAUUUUUCAACAACCAAGAGGUGAUGUUCGUGCUCUUGCAAUUGAAACGGGUAUUCAAAAUACAGGAAUUGCUAUUUUCCUUCUUCGAUUCAGCUUACCUCAGCCUGCUGCAGAUUUAACAACAGUGAUUCCGGUAUCGUGUGCCAUUAUGACACCACUUCCUUUAGCAAUACUUUGGUGUCUGAGAAUUCUUAACAAACGAAGAAAAACUAAAAAAGCUGGAUCAUCGGAAAAACUUGAUACUGAAACUCUACCAGCAACAACAUCAAACUUGUCAACUAUUACAACAUAAAUGGCUCUAUUACUUAAUUUUUUUUAUAGUUGCAGGAAUUUUUUAUGUCAGGUAAUGUUUACAACAUACUAGACUUUUCUGUGUAUAGAGAGUUUUUAGAUAUAUAUGUAUAUUAGGUGAGUUAUAUUUUACAAAUUUUACGAUAGUUAACUGAAAGAUAAAUAAUUGUAAUUAAAAACCAACUUUUGGUAAUAAGUGCCAAUCAAUAAGUCUAUAUAGAAUAUUCGUAUCUUUUCAUUUAUCGUUUAACAAUGUUUCGCAUAUAUAAAUACAUUUCCAUUUGAAUUCAACGGCAUUCAUUAAGGUCAAGGUCUGUAGGCCAUCACUGAUACUCAAUUCUAAAGGCAUUUUUGAUUUCUACUGAUAUCAACUUGUAUUUAAUUAUUUCAAAACCAUAAAUUGUAUUUCUAUUCGACGAUUAAAAUUUUCUUGUAUAUAGAUUAGACAAAAAAUAAGUGUUGUAAAAAAUUGUAAAUUGUCUGAAUUAAAAAGGUAUUAUGAUUAUUCCCCAAGUAUUCUAGUUAGAUGAACCUAGGAUAAGGUUAUUAGCUAGAUAUUGAGUAAUACUUGCUCAAAAUUUUCUUAAAAAUUCAUUAAUAUAAAUAUAUAUUUAUAUUUAUUUUAUUUGUGACGUAUUUUUUAUAAUUAUUGUUAUUAUUGAAUUUAUUUAAAUUCUACUGGAUCAAUCAAAUGUUUUUAUAAAUAACAUGUUUAUAAAUUUGUUGUUACUUUUUAUUACUAAGCUAUUAUUUUUUACACAUUUACAAAGUAUCUAUUCAAUAACAUUGUACGAAAAAAGAUAAAAGUAUAGAAAGUAAAAAGAAAGAAGCAAUAUUAAAAUGUAUUGAGAUGUAUACUAAUAGGUCGUUACGCUCAUUAACUCAUUAAUGCCUCUUAUCAGUUAAGUACAAAUAAUAUACACCAGUGUCUAAUGUUUUUUAGUUAUUUUAAAAAUACUCCAUUACAAAUUUUUGAAGAAUUUAGUAAAUUAUAGACACUAAUGAAAUCAUAUAUAUUUUAUAGUUAAACAAACUGAUUAAUUAGUCUUAAAAAGUUACGAAUUUGUUUGAUGCUAAACUCAGAAAAUGUUCUUAAAGUAGAAAAUGUAUGAGUCAACGAAAAGAAUUCAUUUUUUAAAUAAAAUGUUGAUGGAAAAUAGAUGGUUUAUUUAUGUUUGUUACAUAAAGAUAUUUGCUCCGGUUGUCAUGCAAUGUUGGUUAUUUUUGGGCAGAGUUGAUGACGCGUGACGAACUAUCCUCGAUUGUAAUAAUAAUGUGGGUGAAAAACGAAUAUGCGAAACCCACAAGCUUAUUCGUGGUGAAUGGCCCGUAGCCAACCAAUCCAGAUAUAGAAGAAUCAUUUCAGUUCAUUAUUGAAUUGAUGAAAGUGAAUGAACUCGAAUGAAAAAUGUCAAGAAAUAAACAUAAUUCAAACAA